AUGGGGACCCAGAGCAGUCCUGUCAAGAGUUACGAUUACCUCCUGAAAUUUCUUCUGGUGGGGGACAGCGAUGUGGGAAAGGGGGAGAUCUUAGAAAGUCUGCAAGACGGAUCAGUAGAGUCCCCCUACGCCUACAGCAGUGGUGAGUCUAUGUGUGCUUCUGCUCAGAAUUAAAGUUCAAGUCAAAGUUGGAUGAACCGGAAAGUCCUGUUUUUACUCAAUAUUUUCUUCAUGAUUUUCUCAGGGAUUGAUUAUAAGACGACUACAAUUCUACUGGAUGGUAGAAGAGUCAAAUUAGAGUUAUGGUAAGUCCCUUCGUGUAAUUAAUAGGACUUUUGUCUGUAUGUGAACUAUAAAAGCAGUGAAAAAAAAAACUUAUUAAGACCUUAAGACCUCCUGCUUAUGUGUUACAGGGACACAUCGGGACAGGGCAGAUUUUGCACCAUCUUCAGGUCGUACUCUCGUGGAGCACAGGUGAGGGAUACAGAAAUCUUAAAGCCACAAAUAAUGCUCAGAACAGAACCUAUUUUCAUCAACAGUACAUAUAGCGUCACAACCACAGCACUAGCCACCAAACAUCUUUUUAGCUUUGCCUAAUUUCUUUAGCAAAGAGACAAAACACAACUCACCUACUCUCUUCCAGCAGCCCCUUGUUUGUAGUGAGACCUCAGGCCAGUCCAUUAUGGACUGCUGCGGGGUGACGCAGCUCAAGGAGGAACAUUUAUGUUCAUUUUUUCAUGGAAAUGCAAUCAGACCGAGACACUAAGGCAGAAGAACUUCUGCGUCUUCAGUGCAAAAUGAUUAAUUACUUUACAUUUACUUCAAGGAAAUGAUACAGUAAUGAUCAUAAAUGUUCUUCCUUGAGCUGCGUCACCCUGCAGCAGUCCGUAAUGGACUGGCCUGAGGUCGCGCUACAAAGAAGCGGCUGCUGAAAGAGAAUAGGUGAGUUGUGUUUUGUCUCUUUGCUAAAGAAAUCAGGCAAAUCUAAAAAGAUGUUUGGUGGCCAGUGCUAUGGCUGGGACCCUAUAUGUACUGUUGAUGAGGUUAGGUGCUGUUCUGAGCAUUAUUUGUGGCUAUAGAGUGGCGUUUUAGUUGAGGUUUGGUUAUGGCUCCUCAGACCGCUGUGUAUUGCUAUCCUGCGGUUGUUACUAAAGUUGGUAAAACUAGAGAAGCAAGCGGUCAGCAACAUUCAUCUCUCGAGUCGGGGGGCCAACUCAGUGUUAUGGUGUGUUUGACCCCAUAUUGAUUUUACACCAGAAUAUCCCUUUAAUUCUGUAUCUGCACUGUUUUACUUUUAUGUCACAGGGCAUCUUGCUUGUCUACGACAUCACGAAUGGUUGGUCGUUUGAUGGUAUUAACCGCUGGAUUCGGGAAAUUGAUGAGGUAAUCAUAUUUCCAUCUCCAUGAGAACUCCCAUGACACUGUCUGUGAUAUAGUGCAAUUAUCACAUAGGGUUGCUAUAUUUGCAGCAUGUUUUCAAGCAACGUUACUUUUUAUUUUCCUAUCAGCAUGCUCCUGGUGUUCCCAGAAUCCUUGUGGGCAACCGGCUUCACCUUGCUUUCAAGAGGCAAGUUCCCACUGAGCAGGCGAGGGCUUAUGCAGAAAAGAACAGCAUGACUUUCUUUGAGGUCAGCCCACUGUGCAACUUCAAUGUCAUUGAGUCCUUCACAGAACUGUCCCGCAUCGUGCUGAUGAGGCAUGGGAUGGAGAAAUUCUGGAAGCCUAACAGGGGUGAGUUGAUCUAAGCUUUUUCAUAUAAUGCUGUCACGAAAGGAACGCAUGUGUUUGACUAUUAAAGGGGAAAGGUCUGUGGUUACGUUGAUAAAGAAUCAUAAAUUCCUGUUUUGAUUAAAUCCAUGACCAUGAUACCCAGACCUCCAUCUUACAGGUAAAAUUUACAUGCUGAGUGAGAAACAAUGGAUUGUUUAUGCUGGAUGAUUUCUACAUUUAUUUCAACAAGUAUGAUUUUUUAGGGGUAUUAAAAGCCAGCAUAAAUAAAUACAUUUUUAAUCGAGAUUUGAAAAGGCCCAGGUUGGAAAUAUGUCUAAUUUCAGUGAGGAGCUUAUUCCAGAGCCUGGGACCAACAACUGAAAGGCUUGGUCACCAGAGUGUUUGUGUUUUUAUCUGGGCACCUCCAGCAGGAGUUGGUUUUAUGAUCUCAGAGCUCUACCCGGCUCCUGAGUGGUCAAAAACUCAGUUAAAUAGAUGGGAGCGAGGACAUUAAGAGCUUUAUAAACAAACAUUAAAAGUUUAAACUCAAACUAAAAUGGUUUAGUUUUUGACUGUCAUGAAUUGCCUUGCACAUUGAAACAGUUACUUGUUGGCUGUUUUCAGUGGUAUCUGUAAAGUUUGUUAAAAUAAGGACACAUAUUACCUAAGUGUAAUUAAAAAAUAUACACCACAUUCACUAACAAUAUUUUGUGACUAAAUCAGCAAAUCAGUUUUAUACUCUUUCUGUGAGUUCAAAACAAAGUUCCGCUUUAGGUGCAGCCCUUCUCAGUGUCUGUUUCAAUACCUGCUACCCUGUUUGUUUUUUGAAAUUUGACUGAACCACAUGAAUUGCAUCAGUAUAUGUGAGUACCUGUCUUGAAUCUUGAUCUAAGCUUUAAGAGUUUUUUUAUAUUCUGUGUGUUCUGUCUACAGUCUUCAGCCUCCAGGAUCUGUGCUGCCGCUCGAUUGUCUCCUGCACACCUGUGCACCUUAUUGACAAACUGCCCCUCCCUGUUGCCAUAAAGUCCCAUCUCAAGUCUUUCUCCAUGGCCAAUGGUAUGAAUGCAGUCAUGAUGCAUGGACGCUCCUAUUCAGUGGCCAACAGCUCGGCCUCAGGUGGUGGCAGUGGAAGCAAAGCAAACAGCCUGAAACGAUCAAAGUCCUUCAGGCCUCCUCAGAGUCCACCAAAGAACUCAUCUUCCUCUACUGGGAACUGUAAGAUUUCAUAG